UGCCCGGGCGGACACACCCGCGCGGCAAUCUCGCUCCGCGAGCCCCUCCCCGCCCCCACAAAACCCCCCUCGCCUCACGGUGUCUGCUCCCCGCGCGCACCGCUCCGCUCGCCUCGGCCAUAGCCCGAACGCUACGCAUCUUCCCCAGCCCAUUCCCAGAUCCCUCCGGCGCAAACACAGAGACCGAGACCCGAGCCCGAGCCCGAGCGAUGGCGACGCUCACCGUCCCCGCCGCCGUGCCGCCCGUCGAAGAGGACUGCGAGCAGCUCCGCAAGGCCUUCCAAGGGUGGGGCACGAACGAGAAGCUGAUCAUCUCCAUCCUGGCGCACCGCGACGCCGUGCAGCGCCGCGCGAUCCGCCGCUGGUACGCCGAUGCCUACGGGGAGGAGCUGCUCCGCGCCCUUAACGACGAGAUCCACGGAAAGUUCGAGAGGGCGGUGAUCCAGUGGACGCUGGACCCCGCGGAGAGGGACGCGGUACUGGCGAACGAGGAGGCGAGGAAGUGGCACCCCGGGGGUCGCGCGCUGGUGGAGAUCGCGUGCGCGCGCGCGCCAGCGCAGCUCUUCGCGGCCAAGCAGGCGUACCACGACCGCUUCAAGCGCUCGCUCGAGGAGGACGUCGCUGCGCACGUCACCGGCGACUUCCGCAAGCUUUUAGUGCCUCUUGUAAGUGCAUACCGCUAUGAUGGCCCAGAGGUGAACACUUCACUGGCUCAUUCUGAAGCCAAAAUACUUCAUGAGAAGAUCCAUAAGAAGGCUUACAGUGACGAUGAGAUCAUAAGGAUUCUCACCACACGGAGCAAAGCUCAGCUACUUGCAACAUUCAAUAACUACAAUGAUCAGUUCAGUCAUCCAAUCACUAAGGAUCUGAAAGCUGAUCCCGAGGAUGAAUUCCUCGCAACACUGCGGGCGAUCAUCCGGUGCUUCACUUGCCCUGACAGAUACUUCGAGAAAAUCAUUCGGUUGGCUCUUGGAGGAAUGGGCACAGAUGAGAACUCUCUCACCAGGGUCAUAACUACUCGCGCCGAGGUCGACCUGAAACUGAUAAAGGAGGCCUACCAGAAGAGGAACAGUGUGCCACUGGAGCGCGCUGUUGCUAAAGAUACAACCAGAGAUUAUGAGGAUAUGCUCCUUGCCCUCCUAGGGGCAGAGUGAAGCUUCUACUCUCUGUUCGUUCUUGUUUGAUGCGAAAUAAAGCUGCAUAGAACAGCAAAAUGCGUGGUUGUUUCUGGAUAAUAAUAAGUUGUAACCUAGCCUGCACGACAGUGCUCGUCAAAUAAAUUUUAUUUAUUGGCUUAUCAA